AUGAAACCUCUCAAGGUUAUCUGGGGCGAGCUGUCGAGGCCCCUCCCGGACGGCGGGUCGGGCUCGCACGACCCGCAGCCUAGCAUCUCAGCCAAGCAGCAACACGAACUCAGCCGCAUGCUUCAGAAGUCAGACUUCUUCUAUCGCGCCGAGGGCCGUGCGAACGCCGUCUUCAGCAUCAAAGAGUCUGGAAGGGACCCGACGGUGCCUAGGGGCUACUUCCGCGGAACGCUGCUGCGGGUGCCCAAGGCCACUCCCAACGUGACGCCGUGUAACUACGAGACGCUCCACGACUUUCAGGAGAAGAUCGUCGACGUCCAUGUCGGUCGGCAGCACAUCGUGCCGCAGAUCCUCGUCAGCAUAACCCCGGGCGUGGCCAAUUCCCUCAACGCCAGGCGCGAGAGCGCCCUCCGCGUCAGGGGCGUCAGGGGCGACCAGAGCACCAUCCUGGCCGGCUUCGCCAUGCUGGUCGAGGACAUGGGCCCGUCGCCGGACUACGCCGCGCUCGAGUUCAAGCCCAAGUGGCUAGCCCAGUCGCCGAUGGCGCCCAAGGACGCGACGCGCUGCCGGACGUGCGCGCGGGAGGCCCUGCGCAACGACGAGAGGCGGAAGAAGGGGAUGAAGAUCUCGACGCCCGUAUGCCCGCUAGGCCUCCUGCACCCCGAGCGGGCCGUGUUCAUGAGCACGCUCGACAGACUGGCGCCGCAGUGGUCGGAGCGGGACCGGAUACGGCUCGCGGACGCGAUCAAGGACAGCGGCGUGCUCGAGCGGCUCAAGGACCUGCAGGUCGAGGGCGACUCGGCCGACGCGCUGUUCGCGCGGCCGUCGGACCCGCGCUUCGGCUUGUCGAUGACGCUGCGUGACUGCUCGUGCUUCGUGCGCAUGCCGUUCGACCCGGACGCGCCCGUCAUCAUCAAGCUCGCCGACGUCGACAAGAAGAACUGGCGCGAGAAGCAGACGUACUGGCAGCAGCGCCACAACGAACUCGUCAACAACGGCUGGUUACGCGGGCAGGACGCGGACACGCCGCCGCUGGCCGAGCUCCCACCCAUCGAGACUGCCUGCGUCUUGCGUCUCGACCACUGCCUGAAGAACGGGCUCGAGAUACCACUGCCGUUCCGCGCGAGGUUGGGGCGGUGA